AUGCAAGGAAACUAUUACAUUAGAACAAAGUAUCAUCAUUGGACUGACUUGAUAUCACUGGUCAAACAUAAACAGUUUGGAUUGUUACGUGAUCGUAUCAAACUCAACUUACAUAUAACAAUCAAUCGUCAAUCAAAGACUAAACAUGGUUCAAUCAAGGCAUUGUGCGAAGCCAGAGACAUUGAUCAUGACACAUUCAUUGACGUGUACAACAAGUAUCAACGAUACUUCUGUGACGCUAAUACCUUGCGAUGGGCAAUCGAGUCUGAUAACCUGGUCGUUGUACAGACAUUGAUCAAUCAGACACAACCAAUAUCAUUUGAACAAAGUGAUGAGUUACUCAAAAUGGCACUGGCAAGUGGAUCACUCAAUGUUCUCAAGUACCUCAUUGACUUGGGCCGAUUCAACAAUGAAUCACUCUGGACUGUACAUGUUGACAGGGUGUUGUUGGGAGAAGUGUUCAAGCAUCCUUCGGUACUUGACAUUCUUAAUGAUCCAAACAACACUCAGUUGCCAAAGGAGUUGGUCACCAAGAUUAAAUCAAAGACAAGAUUGUACUUCAGUGAGAUCAGGGCAACAGGUGACCAAAGAUUAAUCAAUGAACUAUUGAUCAAUAAUGGUGCGAUCAACAGUUUGAAUUCAUAUGAUUUAUCGUCAACAACUUGGACCAUUCCCAAAAAUAUUACGCCCUCUGAACAGCUGGCACACUUUGAACGGAUACUCAAUAGUGAUAUCAAGGUUGAUGAUCACGAGAUGAUAUUAUCAACCUCAAAGAACACUGCUCAAUCAUUAUUGGAUAAACUUGGAGUAGUCUUGGAUACAAUUGACGAGCACUGUGUGAACAAGAUUGAUGAUGCCCAACUCAUCAUCUUUAUCAAACUGGAACUAAUCAAUACCCGAAGAGAGAUGACUCAUGACAGGUUGGUGAAUUAUGUGUAUCGCGAAUAUAUCACCACAGGCGACUUCCAACUCAUUCCAUUCUUCAUGCGACCAGGAAGAUUUGGUGGUUUCGAUGGACAUCGUGCUCAGACAUUAUUCCGAAUGAUCACAUCACAUGGCAACACCACCCAGGCAAUGGUCGCGAUGGAGUAUAUUAACAAGACUAGAGAUACUUACGUAUACGGUCGACCACAUGAAUUUGAUCCCUUCACAGACCAAUUCCACUGCUUCAACACGGCCAGUGACAUGUCGCGCAGCUUCGAGGUCAUCAAGUAUCUCAACAGCAAGAAUGCCGUCCAGCCUCUCGACACACUCCGACCCAGAGAGUUCAGAGGUACAAUGGAGAUGUUGGAGUUCAUCCUGUCUGAUGUGAAUAAGAUAUUCCCAAUCAAUGUGAUCAGGAAUAAGUUGUUGGUUCUAGACAACAAUCAAUUGGAGUAUAUAUUCAAGACCAAACCAGAGAUAUUACAGGACAAAGAAUGGGAGACUAUAUUACAAUAUGUAGUAGUAUUGGCACGUCUGGAUCUGCUCGGCACCUUGCUCAAACAUGCCCCUGAUGUCACAAGGUUAACAUCACUGACACAGUGGGCAUUCCAUUAUACACUUACCAACCGAGGUCGAUACAAUGAUAUGAUUAGGAUGAUGGUCGAGCAUGGCAUCAAACCAAACUUGGCAAUAUUUGCACAAAUUGGCCGACUUGGCGAUGUUGAACUCUAUGACUACUGUCUCAAAUUCUUUGAGCGUCAUGAUCAAGAUGCCUUGCCAUAUGGGUCAGCGAAUGGCACAGACCUUUGUGACGCUCCCACCAACGCACUCGUUGGAGCGAUUGAGCUUGGACAUGUCAACAUGAUCAAACAUUUAUAUCAACAACAUCAUAUGGAUUCACAAAUGAGAGAUAGACGACAACAUUUGGAAGCUGUUACUAAUGGAAACAAUGAGGUGUUGCAGUUAUUGUUCAAAGUCGAUCCGCUUGACCCCGAGAAAGACAAGAAGUACAUUGAUGAGUUGUUUGUGGUUGCAAUGAAUGAGGGCCACAUCGAGACACUUGACUGUCUCCUCAACAAUGUUGAUCGAGUCUCAAAAGCAAGAUUCAUGUCGACCAAUAUCAUUAUCAAACCAUUGAUAGAGUUGGGUAAUGUUACAAUGUUGCAGCACUUGGUGGAUAUUGGUGCAUCGUUUGACUUGAGGAGGGUACACACCAUGAAGGUGUACAAGAACAACCAGACAAUUCAAUCAAUAGUCUCCCAUUACAUAGACCAGACUGCCAACUUGUUGAGGAAACCAAAGCAUCUAACCAAACGCGAUCUUGAGGCAUCAACAUCAUCAUUAGCACAGAUGGCAAACAAGAAGAAUAAGAAGAAAUAA